GUAUCUACACUCGACAGUCUAGUAGCGAGCAGCUGCUGUCACGUGACUGUUUGCCGUGAGCGCAACCGCGAGCUUUAGCUUCAUUGUAUUGAAGUGCGCAUGCGCGUGUGCCUAAGGAAGUUUGGUCCGUUUCCCCUCCUGUUGAAGAAAUCCCGGUGUAAGGUUUGGGGACACCUCGAGCACCAUGGACGUGAACCAGCCCAAGCAGGAGCAUCUGCUGGCCCUUAAAGUGAUGCGCCUCACCAAGCCAACCUUAUUCACCAAUAUUCCUGUGACCUGCGAAGACCGGGACCUUCCAGGUGAUCUAUUUAAUAACCUAAUGAAAGAUGACCCUUCUACAGUGAAAGGAGCCGAAAUGUUAAUGUUGGGAGAAAUGCUCACACUACCUCAGAACUUUGGUAAUAUUUUUUUAGGUGAGACCUUCUCAAGUUACAUAAGUGUUCACAAUGACAGCAAUCAAAUUGUGAAAGAUAUUCAAGUAAAGGCAGAUCUUCAGACAAGCUCCCAACGUUUAAACCUGUCCGCAUCCACCUCUGUGGUAGCUGAGCUCAAACCGGACAGUUGUAUCGAUGAUGUGAUUCAUCAUGAAGUCAAAGAAAUAGGAACGCACAUAUUAGUGUGUGCUGUGAGUUAUACCACCCAGACUGGGGAGAAGAUGUACUUCAGGAAAUUCUUCAAGUUCCAGGUUCUGAAGCCUCUGGACGUGAAGACCAAGUUCUAUAACGCAGAGAGUGACCUCAGUUCCGUGACAGAUGAAAUCUUUCUGGAAGCUCAGAUUCAGAACAUUACCACAUCCCCGAUGUUUAUGGAGAAGGUUUCCCUGGAGCCUUCGAUGAUGCACACCGUGACUGAACUAAACAGUGUGUGCAGAGGCGGUGAAGGGUCAUCUACCUUUGGAACAAAGACUUACUUGCAGCCUCUGGACACCAGACAGUAUUUAUACUGCCUGAAACCAAAACCAGAGUUAGCGGAGAAAGCCGGCAUCAUUAAAGGUGUCACAUCAAUUGGAAAACUGGACAUUGUGUGGAAGACCAAUCUGGGUGAAAGAGGAAGACUCCAGACCAGUCAACUGCAGAGAAUGGCUCCAGGCUAUGGGGAUGUGAGGCUUAAUAUAGAGACCAUUCCUGAUACUGUCAGUCUGGAGGAACCAUUUGAUAUCACGUGUAAAAUCACAAACUGCAGCAGUGAAAGAACCAUGGAUCUGGUUUUAGAGAUGUGCAAUACGAAUUCAAUUCACUGGUGUGGAGUUUCUGGAAGACAGCUUGGAAAACUACACCCGAGUUCCUCCCUCCAUCUUACGCUCAUACUUCUUUCUUCAAUCCAGGGGCUGCAGAGUGUCUCUGGAUUAAGACUAACAGAUAUAUUUCUGAAGAGAACAUAUGAAUAUGAUGACAUUGCACAAGUAUGUGUGGUCUCCUCCAAAACUCAAGUAGAAAGUUGCUAAGAGUUUGUAAAACCGCUGAAGUGUAUGGACCAACUUCUGAAAUAUUUCCUCAAACGGCAAAUAAAACAGAGGGGAUUUGUGUAUGUUUGCAGAUAAUUUAAGCAUGUUUUAUUGUUUAAUAUUUUUGUGAACCAUUGUAAAUUCUUUUAAAUUACGCUAUCUUGUGUUUUUAAAUACGCUAUGAAUUUUAUCUAAUAUUUCAAAAAAAUAAAGUGUAAAUAUAAAUUUA